AUGGGCGCUCUUGGUAUCCUCAAGAAGGUCGGCGGCUGGUUCGCUCCUCCGCCCGACAAGGCCGACGACGGCCGCGAUGUCUGGCCCUCGCGUGCUGCCUUCUUGCUGGCUUCCAUGGGCGGUUGCGCUGGCAUGGGUAACCUUCUUCGUUAUCCCUCGCAGGUCUACAACAACUACGGUCUCCAAUGGUUCAUCCCCUAUCUGAUGGCCGUUUUCCUCAUCGCCAUUCCCGUCCUCAUUCUCGAGAUUGCCAUCGGCCAAGCCUUCCGCGGCGGCUCCGUCAUCGCCUUCAACAACAUCAACCAGCGCCUCAAAGGCACCGGCAUGGGCUUGCUCUACAUUGGCUUUGUUGUCGGCCCCUAUUUCACCGUCAACUUGGCCUGGAUCAUGACCUACUUUCGUGCUUCUUUCCAGAGCCCCUUGCCGUGGGGCGGCCGUGGUCAGGAAUUCUUUGACGACGAGGUCAUCAGAAAUCCGCGCCCAAUCCCGGCAGACGAGAGUGCGUCGGGAUUUGUGGAGUACCCUCAUGUUGGCAUGCUCGGCGAGACAUCCGGAUGGAUGGUCUUUACCUGGUUCCUCGUCUGGCUGUGUAUUUUCAGGGGUGUUGGUCUGACUGGUCGUGUUGUUUACUUCACCAUGGGCCUGCCCAUCAUGAUGACCCUUGUCCUGAUCGGUCGCUCUCUGUCUCUUGACAAUGCCGGCGAGGGUGUGAAGCUCUUCUGGGCCACGUGGAGGGGCUCUGAACUUGCCGACGGUACUGUCUGGCAGACAGCUUGCGGACAGGUCUUCUUCUCAACUGGUGUCGGUUUCGGCUACUUCACCUCAUACGCCUCCUACAACCGCAAGCACUCCAACGCCGUUGUUGAUGCCAUUGCCAUUGUGUGCAGCAAUGUGGCUUUCGAAAAUAUCGCCGCCUUUGCCAUCUAUGGCGUUAUUGGUUUCGCCAGGCUCUGGCCAGAGGAAGGUGUUCGAAUUGGUGGCUUCGACAUUGGAUUUCGUACGCUGCCACUCGCCAUCGUCCAAAUGCCCGGCGCAAACUUUUGGGCUGUCGCUCUAUUCUUUACGCUCAUGACCCUCGGAUUUUCCUCCGCCUUUGCCAUGCUGGACGACGAUCGUGACCAUGUCAUGGACUCUGCAUAA